UCGAGCUCAUGCAAUAUCUCCAUCCAGCUUUACUUAUAUUUCCGACACUACCUAUGCUUUAACAGACCGGAUAUUUGAUAUGUCCUACUAAACCACGACAAUCACAGCAACCCACCACGAUCGUACACUACCAAAGCCACAUAUAUAUAUAUAUACUAGCAGAACGACCAUGGCUCGACUCAACCCAACGAGCCCCGUGAAACAAGGCGGCACGCGUGAGAAUGUGACCAAAUCAGUCCGCAAGCUGAAGUCCAACACCAACUCGGUCUUCUCGAGCAAGUUCAGAGACACGUCGCCCACACCCAAGGUGGGAGAUCAUUCGGGGACAUUAUUCGACGAACCGGAGUUCAAGCGACCGACUGCGAGGGCGACGACAAACGAUAAGCCUGUCCAACGACAGAGAAAGCUGCAACGGAGCGGGACUGUAUCGAGCGGGACGUUCAAUAUCUUUUCCGAUAGCGAUGGACUGAGCGACCGUGAAGAUGAUGUCUCCUUCGCAUCGACGAUGCGCUCCUCGACUACGCGCUCUUCGACGGAAGGACGUCCCAGCGACCCGUUGCAGCUGGCACGUGCUAACUCGCUGCUGAUGCCGCAGUCGAGGCACUCCAGGAGUCGGUCGACCAGGAAGUCCGAGCUCUAUGAUUACACGAAGGAGAAUUAUCCUGUGGAGGAGGUUGUGGAGGAUUACUCCACUACCUCUUCUAUCAGUCGGAAUCCCUCUGAUGCAUCCUCGACGCGGCGUUCUCCUACCAGGAGAGAACCGCGGGAGGCAAAUACUAGAAGACAGAAUGGCCGUCAGUUCCGGGAUUAUCGCCAGUCGGCAAAUCGGUCCGAGGACGAGGAAAGUGAUGAUGGAUUCAACUCUCUGGAUGACUUCAUCGUCAGUGAUAACGACGAGCCUAGCCAUCACGAGGCAUCUGCCAGCGACCCAGAACCAGAAGAGACUAAGAGGGCACCUUCGCCGCCGAGAGUGAAACGGAGACUCGUUCGGGGCAGACGGCUGAACCCCGAGGAACAAAUCAAGAGAGCUCUGGAGAGCUCAGUGCAUACCAACCUUCGCCUCGAGCCGUCAUUACCCGCUGCUGUUUCGAUGCCCUCUUCGGACCCCCAGGCCAGGCCAAGAAAGCUAUUCCGCAAUACUUCUAACAUCGACGAGAAGAUGAACCGUCUGGAUUUGGAGGACGAUGCUGAUGUGCACGAUGAUACGGUUGACUACGACGCUGCUGAAGAGGCGGCUGAUGAAGUAGACGCUGAUGAAUAUGACCCGUCCGCUCAACUCCAACAAGACUUGGAUAAUUUUCUAGGAGGAUUCGAGCCUCGCUCCCAGCGUCCAGAGAUCGAAAAAGUGAAUUUGGAAACACCACCUGCCAGUCCCUCCAAAAGUGCUCUAAAGUCACCCUCAAAAGGCAAAGCCCAUAUUCCACCCACACCUUAUCGCGAGAGCGUAGAUGCCUUCUGGUCCCAGGAAGCUACAAACGAAUGGACCGAUCAACAUUCGCCCCGCAAAUUACAGAACUUACUGCAGGAACUCGACGAGUCAGACAACGAGAUCGAUCCCGAGAUCAUGCCCAGAAGCAAGACAACAAAGAAGGCGGCCAAGCCUCCUAGCAAGACGGCCUUGAAAAAGGCCGAGACGGAGAAGAAGAAAGCCGCCCUUGAGCGCAAGAAAUCGUUUGAUAACAAGAAGGCCGCCGUCGCAGAGGACUUCUUCAAGGUUUUAGAUGACCACGUUACUGGUGGCCGCAUCCAAGAAAUGGCCGAGGAAACGGGUGGUGUUCAGAUCAUCUGGAGCAAGACACUUCAGACUACCGCUGGACGGGCCAACUGGAAGCGAGAGAAGCUGCGCACGGAGGGCACGCUUGGGACCGAGCCCCAGACACCUGGAGGAUCUCUGUCCAAGCACCAUGCUAGCAUCGAACUGGCUGAGCGGAUUAUUGAUGACGAGGAUCGCUUGCUGAACACGCUAGCUCACGAGUACUGCCACCUGGCCAACUUUAUCAUCUCCAACGUCCACAACAACCCCCAUGGAGCAAGUUUCAAGCAAUGGGGGCUGAAAUGCAAAGAAGCCUUGAAGGACCACCCUGUCUAUGGCGGACGCUUUGAAGUCACGACCAAGCACAGCUAUAAGAUUGACUACAAGUACGUAUGGAGCUGUGUGGACUGCGGCCAGACAUACGGGCGUCAUUCCAAGAGCAUUGAUACGACCAAGUCUCGAUGUGGAAAAUGCAAAGGUCUGCUCCAGCAGAUCAAGCCAAAGCCACGGAAUGUCUCGCCCCGCAAAAAGCAGCCCCUUGGAGAUGCCGAGCAGGUGGCCGUCGAUGAGGUCGCGAACGUGUUGGGCGAGAUCAGCUUGCGUAACUGAGGCACUUGCAGCUGUUCGGUCAAGUCAUUAAAGGUGUUUACGGAUUUGUCUCUCAUUCUACAUACAUUUCGGGAAGAUUUGCCUGUCAUUCUAGCGUUCAUUUGAUGACGAUAUAUCUACAUAUGGUGUUCUCUCUUUAGCGAUGAUAUGUCUGUCCGUCUCUCAUUUGGGAUACUUGUUUUUCUGAGGUUGAUGUACACAACGAUCCUUAUGCAAUGAGCACACGAGUAU